AUGGUGGUCACUGGACUGCAGGCUGCUUUAGAGCAGAGACUCAGCGCCCUCGACAUCCACACAGAGGUCUUGGAGCACCCGGAGUUGUUUACAAUUGAAGAAAUGAUGCCUCAUAUUCAACAUUUGAAAGGAGCACAUAGUAAGAACUUAUUUCUUAAAGACAAAAAGGAGAAACACUACUGGCUUGUGACAGUUCUUCAUGAUAGACAAAUUAAUUUAAAUGAUCUUGGCAAGCAGUUAGGAGUUGGGAGUGGAAAUCUUCGAUUUGCUGAUGAAACAGCCAUGCAAGAAAAAUUAAAAGUUGGUCCAGGCUGUGCCACACCUCUGGCACUGUUCUGUGAUGAUGGGGAUGUUACAUUUGUUUUGGAUUCAGCUUUUCUGGAAGGUGGACAUGAAAAAGUAUACUUUCAUCCAAUGACUAAUGCUGCAACCAUGGGCUUGAGUCCUGAAGACUUUCUCGUAUUUGUGAAGGCUACAGGGCAUGAUCCCAUAAUUCUAAACUUUGAUUAAAAACUGACUG